CGUAACAAAAUCUUCCAACAUGGAAAACCGACCAUAAGAGAGAAGAUAACCUUAGGCCAUACAUUAGAAGAAAAAGAAGGAGAAAGACCGUAUUAUUGUAAAAGCGGCAGUAGACUUUUAGCAACACGAUUAUUGUCCUAAAUGCGUAUUUAGAUAUAUGAUGUAUAUACAAUUAAAUCUAUAAUUUUCAAGAAUUCGUAAAAAAUUUGGGUUGAGUAUAUUGAUAUUUACAUAAAAAGGAGAAAACAACUGGAAAUAACUAAUAAAAUCCAAGUAAACAUAGCGGUCAAAUAAAGGUUAAUAAGAUCAGAAGAAACUAAAAUCCAGAAAAUGCCAGCGAUACUAGCUGGAACGUCUGAACGUAACGAACAAAUGUGGCAAGCGUUAAAAACUCAUAUUAUGCGAGAACGACAACGGAAAAAGCAAGAACAAGAAGCAGAUGAAGAGGAAGAACGUUUACGUAAAGAAAGAGAACGUCAACAGAAACAAGAUGUAAUGACAUUGGGUGAAACACGAGAACAGAUUUCUAACCUACAGAAUGAGGUCUCACAGUUGCAAAAAGAAAAGCACGAUUUGUUUAUAGAAUUAAAAAGAGUUCUUGAGGAAGAAAAUAGAAAACGACAGCAAGUAAAGGAAAGCAGUAUCUGCCCUGAAGUGUUGACGGUAGGAACAUAUUCAGCAAUGAAUACUAAAGUAACACAUCCUCAACUAUUUUUACCGAUAACACGAAGUACUAGCCCUAUGUAUGAAUCCAGUUUUACUGGACCACAACUAUUAGCAACUGGAUCUUCCAAGAGAACAUUUAGUCCACCGCCAAUACCUGCCACACAUUCAUAUCAUAUAUCAUAUUAUAAACCACCGCCAUGUAUUUCAAAUUAUAAUCUUCCACCACCUCCCAAGUCUGAGGAAAUUGGUAGGAGGUCCAGUGACUCCAGAGCUGUUCUUUGGAAUAAGAAUAAUCAGUACUCUUAUUAUUCAACGACUCCGAACGCCUAUGGUUAUCCCUCAAUUACACCACAGCCAUCUAGAGAGGCCCCAGAACCACCUAAACCAACUUAUCCUACAGGAAGUAGAGUGUCAUUAACAACGCAUCAACCUGCGUAUGUGACCAACAUACACCCGAUGGAACAUAAAGGCACAUAUGGCGAUGAGAAACACUAUCCACGAUCAAAUCAGCUUACUGUUCACGGCAUUCCUAUUCAACAAUCACCUCAGGGUGCGAAGACAGGUGGAAUUACCACUGGUUUUCCUGUACGAGCACCUCCCGUAAUUCCAUACCAACAGCCACCACACACGUCUGCUGUAUCAUAUGCUGGUACGUCCAAUGUCGGCACACCUGGCAGGGUACUGUAUACACAUGGUGCUCGGUAUCUACGAGACAUGUAGGAUGACUGAUACUUAUCGAAGAAAAUUUUUCACGUACAAUUAUACGUUAUUAUUUUGUUGUAAAAUUG